UUUUCUAAUGCUGCAACAAGAAGUGUAAGAAAAGAGCUUAAACCUACAAAAAUCAAUGGCAAAGCCAAAUGUGUUCUCAUGCUUGUUUUUCUUGCUGCUGUCUGUAACUAUUUGCAAGGGAGAUUGGUGUAUAGUGAAAUUUACGGCACCUGAUCCCGCACUCCAGAGUUUCCUCGACUCAGCUUGCUCAAGGCUAGAUUGUAGCCCAGUAAGACCUGGCGGUUCUUGUUAUGAACCGAAUGACUUGAAGAGGCACGCUUCGUGGGUGCUCGACCUGAAUUACAGGACAAAUCAUGUGUGCCAACCAGAUAUCGGCACCAUAGCCAUUACCGAUCCUUCUUAUGGGGCAUGCCAUUACCCGUGAAUGGAGUUGAUCAUGUUCAUGCCAUCACAAGAAUCCAAUAGUUUUAGAAUAAGGUGGGAAGGCAUAUUUGAGUAGUUAUGUAAUGUUGUAUCAAAUGAAAUAAAAUAUUUUUAGUUCAUCCAAUAAAAUCAAAUACUUUUGUGAUUU